AUGAUUCCUCAACUUGUCGUAGGAGCCUUGCUAGCAAGUUUUGCCUCAGCAGCAGUCAAGCUUGACAUUAAGUGUUCCGACCAUGGAGCCUUCAACUGCCACUCCUCGGACCCGGCAGCAUUCACCAGAUGCCUUGAUGGUCAGCUCUACGAGUUCUACUGCCCAGAUGGCCUCCACUUCAACACCCAAACCCAGACCUGUGACUGGCCGGAAUCCGCAGACUGCAGCUACAAAAUCGGAGGAGGUUCCAAAAAAGUAGAAAAAGUGGCCGAAUCUGCUUCUAAGCAGGGUGGAUCCGCAUCAAGCAGUUCAAGUGGCUCCAGUGGCUCCAGCGGUUCCAGCGGCUCCAGCGGUCACGGUGCUACCCCGCAUCCCUGGUGGAGACCAAAGAACGUUGAUCCUGCUUCAUGGGAAAGAACCGACAACCUCUUUGAGCUUCCAUUCGACAAGGACAGCAGCGACGGGGGAGAACACGCAUCUGGCAGUUCUGGAAGUUCUGGAAGCUCUGGCAACUCUGGUAGCUCCGGCAACUCUGGUAGCUCUGGCAACUCUGGUAGCUCUGGCAACUCUGGUAGCUCUGGUAGCUCUGGUAAUUCCGGUAAUUCCGGUAAUUCUGGCAGCUCGGGAAGUUCGGGUAGUUCCGGCAGCUCUAGUAACUCUGGUAAAUCGGGAAGUUCAGGAGAACACUCUCACGCUAAGGAACCCACUCACGACCACAAACCCGCACCCCAGCCGGAGAAACCUGUCCACAACCCCAUCAGCGCUUCUGCCGACAAGACCCACAGACCUGACCACAGCAGCGUGUCCAAGCCUGAAGGAGAAUGUGGCCCCCACAACUGCAAGCUCCCCAGCUGUUACUGCCCAGGCUCCAGCAUCCCUCACGGCCUCUCCCCCAAGAGCACCCCCCAGAUGGUCAUGAUCACUUUCGACGACGAGGUCUCCGCCGCCUACUACGGCUACUUCCAGCGUCUGUUCCGUCCCGGCAGAUACAACCCCAACGGUUGCCCUGUCCGUGGUUGUCUCUACGUGAGCGGCUCCGGCACUGACUACGACCUCGUGUAUCCUCUUUACGCCAUGGGUGUUGAGGUUGCCAGUCACACCUUGUCCCACAUUCCCCACACCUGGUGGUCCUCCGCCUCGUACAGAGAGUACUACGAUGAGGUCAUCGGCAUGAAGAGAGCUCUUACUGAGAAGGCUGGCGUUCCCCAGGAAAGCAUCAAGGGCUUCCGCGUCCCCUUCCUUCAGCUUGGCGGCGACAACAUGUACAAGACCCUUUACGAUGGUAAAUUCACUUACGACACUUCCAUGUUCACCGGGGCUGUCUGGGAGGGCGGUGAACCAGUCUGGCCCUUCACCCUUGACUUUGUCCCCGGACAGUACUACUGCCAGCACGGACCAUGCCCACAAGAUCAGUACCCUGGCCUCUGGGAGAUCCCUGUCCAGCGUUGGUAUGGAGUUGAUGGUCACUCUUGCGCUAUGCCCGACGGUUGCACUUCUACUGGUGAUGCUGAAGAAGCUCUGGAAUUCUUCCGAAGCAACUUCCUCCGUUAUUACAACUCUAACCGCGCACCUCUCGGCAUCUUCGUCCACGCCAGAUGGUUCCACACCGAACAUCACAUCGACGCCCUUGACCGCUUCAUCGACGAGCUGCUGCAGAUGGACGACGUGUACAUUGUUACACCUUCCCAGGUGAUUGAAUGGAUGAAGAACCCAACUCCAGUACAUUCAGUAGGCAGCUUUGGGCCCUGGUCAUGCGAAGGAGGAGUUGACAAGCGGAAGUAA